AUGGACGAUAUUUUGUAUCUAGGAACUAAUCUUCAGCCUGAAUAUGCACGAAAAGAAGCCUUAGCCUCAUGCAAACAGCUCAUGGAUAUCUUAGAACUUCGAAAUAAAUACAUUUUUUAUGACGAUUACAACUUGCCUCACCCCUUCAUAUUUCGUCAGACAACGAAUUCUGCAAAUUUUCCUGUUCAUGAAGAAUUAGCUUCCUCAAACGUCGUCGCUGAAAUGAAAAACGGUGUCAUUUCUUUUAAAAUUAAUGAUAACCCUAUAAACACAAACAUAGUUUCUGCUGAAGAAUUCUAUCAAGAUUUGACCAGAGUUAUCAGAGUCUCAUAUGACGAUAUAAGCCAAUCUUAUUGCUAUAUAGCUCAGACACAUUUAUAGAGUCCUGAGGAGCGAUAUUUAUGAAAAUAAGCUUUUUUGGCUUGAAAUUAAUAGCUAGAAGAAUUUAUAAACUAAAAUAAAUCACCAGUUUGGAAUUGGCGACAUAUAGUCUAAAUUUCACAAAUUUCGCUCUAGUUAGGGCAUAGGCUUGCCUAAGUUAUAACCGUCUAAAACUUUUGCAAAUGAAAUUCGACAUGCACAUCAUGCAAAACACUGAAAGAGAAAACAUACCUACAAGAACAGGUCCUUUAAAAGAUUUUUAUAAUAUAAUAAAAGUUGAUAACCACGUACACUUAUCAGCGUGCAUGAACCAAAAACACUUACAGAAAUUCAUUAAGGCGAAAAUGAAUAAAGAAGCUGAUACUAUUGUUUUAUUGAAAAAUGGAAGAGAAAUGACUCUAAAACAGGUGUUUGAGUCACUAGGAAUUACCUCGACAUUGACAGUAGAUAUGCUAGAAUGUCAUGCAGAUCAUGUGACUUUUCAAAGAUUUGAUAGGUUUAAUAACAAAUAUAACCCUAUGGGGGAAGCUUCACUAACUCUCCACAGCUCCGUGAGCGAACAAAAAAAUUUUGUUGUUCAGGAGUGGCUAAUUUUUUUCGAAAUUUAAAAAACCCAUUAUCUCAAAAAUGGAGUUGUAAAAACUAAUUUAAUUUGUAAAAUUUAUGUUUUUCAAUGCAAAUUAAAUAUAAUUAUCAUUUCUAUAUCGAAAUAUUUGUAUAAAAACAAAUUUUCUCGCUCACAGAGGGUGAGUUUUUACCCGAAAAAUAAUGAUUUUUUAAAUGGCUUUGCUUGCUCACAGAGGGGAGUAAGAGAAAUAUUUUUGAAGACCGAUAAUUAUAUUGGAGGCAGAUAUUUCGCUGAAAUCACUAGUGAAGUUAUAUACUUGACCAAUUUAAAAUAAAAUUUUAUUGGUUUUAAGUACUGCUAUAUUUUAAAAAAAAAAAAAUAUUUCCUUUUUUUUCGAAGAGAGAAUAAAAAACCAUGAAAAGAAAAAAUAUAUUUUAGCUGAAUACAGAGUUUCUAUCUACGGCAGAAGAUCAAACGAGUGGGAUUUAUUAUCCCAAUGGUUUUCAAAUCACCAUCUAAACAGUCGCUGCAUCAAGUGGUUAAUCCAGAUUCCAAGAAUUUAUAAAGUUUAUAAAUCCUCUAGACAGGUAAAAACAUUCCAAGACAUGAUCGAAAAUAUUUUUAUGCCAGUCUUACAAGCUACACUUUACCCUGACCAAUACCCACAUAUAGCAUUUUUCCUUACACAAAUUGUAGGCUUUGACACAGUUGAUGAUGAAAGCCAAAUGGAAAAAGUCACUUCUUAUAGUAAUUAUAAAGAAAUUAAGCCAGAAAGCUGGGACGUAGAAGAAAAUCCGCCAUAUAGCUACUGAAGUUACUAUAUCUAUGCAAAUUUAUUAGCAAUAAACCAACUUAGAAGAGCUCGAGGGAUGAACACCUUUGCAUAUAGACCACAUUGUGGAGAAGCUGGAAGCCGUGACCAUCUAGCUUGUGCCUUUUUGACAGCCCAUUCUAUCAACCAUGGCAUUGAGCUCGCCAAUGAUCCAGUCCUGCAGUACCUUUUUUAUAUGAAACAAAUCGGCCUUUCUAUGUCCCCGCUGUCCAAUAACAAGCUAUUUUUGAAAUUUUUGCAAAACCCAUUUUUAAAAUUUUUUAAGCGUGGCUUAAAUGCGACGCUUUCCACUGAUGACCCACUUAUGAUUCAUUUGACUAGAGAGCCUUUAUUGGAAGAAUAUAGUGUGGCUGCUCAAGUGUAUGAUUUAAGCCAAAUUGAUCUGUGUGAGAUAGCGAGAAAUAGCGUCCUGCAAAGCGGAUUUAGCUUUGAGGAGAAAAAAAGGUGGCUUGGAGAGGACUUUUUGGAAGGUGGACAGAUGGGAAAUGAUGAAGGAAAAACGAAUGUGUCGAAUAUUAGAUAUUAUUAUAGAUAUGAGACAUUUAGAGAAGAGAUUGAGUUUAUGACCAGCCAGUCAAGGAGAAAUUCACUUUUAAGAAAUGAGUAA